UAACACAGCAAGUGGAGAAGGAACUAAAUGACAGGCAGACUGAGGUGAAAAAUGAAGACUCUGAUGGUGUUUGAUUUUGACCACACUGUUGUCGAUGACAACAGUGACACUUGGGUGAUUAGAUGUCUUCCAAGUCAGAGUCUGCCCGACUCUGUGAAGAAGUCCUACAGAAAAGGCUACUGGACUGAGUUCAUGGGCAGGGUGAUGAAGUACAUAGGAGAGCAGCAGGUCAGCCCUGACAGCGUCCGCAGUGUGAUGGAGGCGAUCCCCUUCACAGCUGGAAUGACGGACCUGCUGACGUUCAUAUCGGAGCAUAAAAGCUCCAUUGACUGCAUCAUCAUCUCUGACUCCAACACCAUGUUCAUAGACUGGAUCCUCCAAGCGUCUGGGUUCCAGGCAGCUGUCGAUCAGGUUUUCACCAACCCGGCUAAGUUCAACGAGCUGGGCUACAUGGAGGUGCAGUGCUACCACUCUCACGACUGCCGUCAAUGCCCCGUCAACCUCUGCAAGAGGAAAGUUCUGGAGCUGUAUCUGUCGGAGCAGUCGGGUAGAGGGGUGCAGUACGAGCAGGUGUUUUAUGCGGGGGACGGUGGGAAUGAUCUGUGCCCUACUUCCUGUCUGAGAGGGCAUGAUGUUGUGAUGCCCAGGGAAGGGUACACACUGGAGAAGUUGCUGGCCAAAAUGGAAGGUGAGGAAGAUGAUUGUUCUCUGAGAGCCAGAGUCAUCGCUUGGAGCAGCGGCACCGACAUCCUCAAGGAACUGAAAGCAAGUAUACAGUUGUAGCCGUGGCCAUGCAGGAAAUACUUGAUCGACUUCUCAGUUUUUAACUUAUAUAUUGCACUGCAAAAAUGAUUGAGUGUGUACUGUAGAGCAGCUAUUCUCAACCUUGGGGUCGGGACCCCAAUUGGGGUCGCGAGAUGAUUUUUGGGGGUCGCCAAAUCAUUUUGGAAGUCAGCUCUGUCUCCACUG